AUGUAUCUAUUUAUUUUAUUUCUAAAAUUUGUAUUGUGUCGACUGUGUGUAGGGUUCAUCAUAGGGGAUUUCACCAUCCUUCUUAUCGCAGUGGCUGUUGCUACUAACGCUUUUGUUAAAAAUUCCAAUUUUAAAAACAAUAUAUCGUCUUCACUAUUAUAUCCCAACUCCUCUGGCGCACAAUCUACCUUUUCUGAAAGGUAUAACGUGCCGAGUAACCAGAGUUUCGAUAGGGGAGAAGGUCUAGAAGAAUCAUCAACAGCUGGAUUCUCAAAGUUAUUCGCACAUAGAUAUAAAUAUGUCCAAGUAACUCUAGAGAAGGAUACACCUAACGUGGGUAAAAAGGGUGAGGUUGUUCAUGUAAACAGAAGUUUCGCUUUUAAUUAUCUAGUACCAUUUGGAUUCGCGAGGUAUACAACGAGAUCUGAACUCGUAGGAAUCGCACUCGAUAGAGACUACAAAGACGCUCUGGCAAAUAUUAGAAGAACAUCAGCACUUCAACUCAAGGAUAAAAUCGGAAAGAACCUAUUGCUUGAAUUCCAAAUCCCUUCAUCAAGCAGGAACCCAGAUGAACUUAACUCACCAUUGAGACCAAUACAUAUAAUUAAUAGACUGAGAGAUAUUAAAAUUCUGGGCCCACUUGACAUGUUAAGGGAGCAGGAUGUAAAAAUACACACUGAAACAGGGCUGAUUUCUAAAUUUGGAGUGUACAAAGUAACGCUAAUUCUAGAUAAGGACAUUGAAUCAUCAAUUAAAGUUUCAGUAACGGAUAUUCCAAUUUCCUCAGUAGUUUUCAAGACAACUAAAUGA